UGAUCGAGUUCUUGUCACAAUGGUUUGGCCUAACGGUAGCCUCGCAAAGAUUAGACUUCUAAGGGAUGGCCUUGAGGAAUCCGUUAAUCGAUAUUUAGAUAGAGACCAUUUUCGUUGCCUGGAUUUGGUAAUUAUUGGUGGAGGUAUUGAAAACAACAGCCGAGAGCCAUGGAAGCGCUUCUGUAUGACGUUGUACCGACUUUUGGGUGCCUAUCAGUUUUUCGUUGCGAUGUUCAAAUUUGUUUUCGAUUUGCACCAUCAGGAAGACAGAAUAACUCUCUACGCCACGGUUUUGGUGUUCGUUGGGUUUCUCAUAUGCUUCGUCAGGAUAUUCACAGUUCAGCACAACAGCGAAGCAAUUGAACAGUGUAAGAAGUUUGUCUUGAGUCGGCGCUGCAAAUCGGGUGAUCCAGAUUAUGACGCAUGGGUUCGCAAAGAAGCAUCUCGUGCAACAAGUCACGGUGUUCUGGCACUGAUUCUGUUCUUCUGCUGCAAUCAAGUUCUUAUCUGGAUACCGUGCGCCGCCAGAGAUCGUGUCUUCGGAAUACCCCGACAGUUCCACGAUUUGGGGCCUACUUUUACAAUUUCGAUGCAGCAGAUGUUUAUUGUCACGUUGGCUUUUUUCUGGGAUUGCAGAUUAUUUUAUGCCACCAUCAUGAUGUCCGUAUUACUCAUGGGAUUACGAGGGGAACUGUCGAUCAUAUCCCAUGGGUUUGAAACGCUCAUAAGUAGAGCCAGACAUGUUCAAGACGCAAAAAUAGGACCGUCACCGAAUGCUGUCCAGUUAGAAUAUUUGGAACUAACAUUGAAACCGGUUUUGAAACAACACAUAGAAUUUUUAAAGAUAAUUGAUGUGCUGAAACCGUUUGUCAACUAUGCGUUCGCCAUAACCUACUACUGCACAAUGAUUCUGGUUGCGGUAUUGGUAUACGUGCUCAUAAGAGAUGGAUCUAUAACCAAUGCUCUGUUAUGUGCCUCGACCGCUAUGUCCUACAUUCUGGAAUGCUAUUGGUGGUGUUAUUUGAUCGAUUCUCUGCAAGAUCAAGCAGCCGGAAUAGCUGACUCAGUUUCAGGUGUAAUAUUUAAGCUUUCACAUUCAUCGGAGAAUCACUCUAGGUACGUAAAGAUGCGUGCUUCGCUUAUGAUCGUACAAAUCUACACAUCCACCCAAAGUGAAUGGUUUAGCUGUGCUAGAGUUUUUCUUGUUUCCAUAGAAGCUUUUAAGAACUUGUGCAACAUCAUCUAUUCGUUGGUUAUGUUUUUGCUCAAUAUGCGUUAAUAAAGGCUUCGAGAACUCAA